AUGGAGAACCACACGGUCGUGGCUGAAUUUAUUUUGCUGGGCUUCCCCAGCAUCCAAAAGGUGCGAGUUCUAGUCUUUGUGGGUGUCUUGGUGAUCUACAUCUUAACUGUCACUGGAAACAUUGUAAUUGUUGCCACUGUGGCCUAUGAUUCUACUCUCCACAAGCCGAUGUACUUCUUCCUUGGCAACCUCUCUUUCUUGGGAAUCAUCUAUGUCUCCUCUACGAUCCCUAAACUUUUGGCUAAUUUACUAGCAGUCAAGAAAUCUAUCAGCCUCGCCGGUUGCAAAGCUCAAGCUUUCUCUCACUUUUUCUUGGGAGCCACUGAAUUCUUCCUCCUCACUGCCAUGGCAUAUGAUCGAUAUAUGGCUAUAUGCCACCCUCUUCAUUACCACACCAUCAUGAGCAGUAGGGUUUGUAUUCAGCUGGCGUGCGGCUCAUGGUUCGGUGGUUUGAUGACUGUCUUGGUGCAGACAGUUCUGGUGUUCCGGCUGCCUUUCUGCGGACCCAAUAUCAUCAAUCACUUCUACUGUGAUGUUGGACCACUCUUAAAGCUGGCAUGCACCAACACCCGCCCCAUUGAAUGGAUCGUCUUCAUCAUUGCUACUGUUGUGGUGUUCAGCAAUUCUCUUUUGACAGUGGUUUCCUAUAUAUUCAUUAUCUCGGCUGUGAUGAGAAUCCCAUCGGCAUCUGGGAGACAGAAAGCUUUCUCAACUUGUAUUGCUCACUUAGUAGUGGUCGUCACGUUGUAUGGGGCAAUCACCUUUAUAUAUGUCAGGCCAACAGGUCAUUCCUCACUAGACAUGAACAAAGUGGUAUCCCUGCUGAAUACAUUGGUGACCCCAUUGUUGAACCCUUUUAUAUACACUCUCAGAAACAAGGAAGUGAAAGAUGCCCUGAAAAAGGGAUUUACUAAGAAUAAAAUCUUUGAGGAUAACAAAUGGUAA